UUUCUAUUAAAAAAAAAAAAAACUCAAACCCACUUUUUUCUCUGUCUAAGUUCUAAGAAAAUGGAAGGAAGACAAUAUUACCCUCCAAGAGAGAACGUCGACGGGAACAGAACAACCUUGGGAGGACCUCACUCGCCGUGGCAUUCACCGGUUCCUUAUCUUUUCGGUGGUUUAGCGGCGAUGCUUGGUCUCAUAGCUUUCGCUCUUCUGAUCCUCGCCUGCUCUUACUGGCGUCUAUCCGGUUAUCUCGACGGUCAGGAGGACCAGAGCAGGGACAGAGAUCUUGAGGCCGGAGAUGUGAAACCCGAUAAGGCGGUGAAGGCUGUGCCUUUGCCGGAGAAGUUCUUGGUGAUUAUGGCCGGAGACGUGAAACCUACUUGCUUGGCGACGCCGGCUGAAAAGAGCUGUACUUGUGACGAUGAUGAAGAUGGUGAUGAUGACGUGAAGGCUGGUGAUCAGGUGGUGCGGCGGAGUACUGAGAGUAACGGUUCGACACAUUGAGAGAUAGAGUAUUAUCUGAAGAGAAAAAAACAGAGGCUCGUCUUAGGUGGACAGUUCUUGAUAAUUGUUUGUAUCUGACCCGGUUGGUUCUGGUAUUCGGGUCGGCUCAGAGCUUUGCAUGAUGAGAUUUAUAGUUAUAUAGUCUGACUCUUAAGGUGGCCAAAAAACUUAGAAAAAGAAAGAAUUGGUUCUGAUUUAUGUUAUUUAAUCUCAGCUUUUGCAUUAAUUUGUUUAGGCUUUUUAAGUUGUAAGUUUGUAAUUCAUCAGUUUUGUUCCAUUUCUUAGUUAUAAUGGAAAAAUAUCGGAAAAUUGUAAA